GAGGAUCGUCACUAUAUUUAAGAAUAGAUGCAGCUGUCUAGUUACAGAUUUUUUCGUUUGUUCCAUAGACUACGUAACCAUUACAAAUUUAAUGAGAUUUCUUGUGUUUAUUUAAAUCAUCACAAUUAUUGUCAACAAUCUAAAUCCUUCCAACCGCAUUUUAAUUUGGAUUUAUUUAAUGAUGAAAAGUUCAUUGAUAAUCUACGUGCAAAUUUAACAGCUCGUAAAAGCAACUUAAAUCUUGAUCAUAUGCUGGAUCUUUAUAGAAAUUACACUAAAACAAAACAUACGGAAACACACGAUGAACUAAUGUCAUUAGUAUGUCAAUUACCAAAUUUUACUCAUCCGCUUACUCCGAUUGGUGAUUCAUCCAAAGCACGUCAUAUAUAUAUUCAUGGAUCUAAACGUGAAGAGAGGUGGAAGCUUUUAGAUGUAAUCAAUAUAACUUCAGGUUCACAUCAACCUGUAAUCAAUCAUCAUAAUACCAACUCUUCCAUAACGAUCAAUCCUGAAGGCUAUCUCCGUGUAAAAUAUACAACUUUAGGCGCUGGGCAUAAAACUUAUUAUUUUAGUGGACCAUUAGCACAAUUAGAAUCUGCACUUAUCGCAUAUACUGUGGAUCGUUUGAGAGGAACUGGUUUUGAAUUUGUCUCUGUACCCGAUAUUCUACCUGAACCUGUUAUCAGAGCUUGUGGUUUCCCAACUCAAGGAAUUCGUUCUCAAAUUUAUAAAAUAACCCCACCUGUGUCUAAAUUAACUUAUUGUCUCUCCGGGACAUCUGAAAUGGCAUUAGCUGGAUUUUGUGCCGGUCGGUCUUUUAACUGUAAUUCAUCUAAGAAUGAUGAACCAGAUGAAUCAAAUCAAUCUUCCGCUCUUGGUUUAUGUGCUGUGAGUCGAUGUUUUCGUAAAGAAGCUCCUAAUCAAGAGCCAACGCUUUAUCGAGUACAUCAGUUUACCAAAGUAGAAAUGUUUGCUAUUACUGCCCCCUCAUUACCUGUCAGUGACGCAAUGUUCAAUCAAAUUAUCAAAUUGCAAAUAUGUCUGUUCGCUGAUUUAGGUUUACAUUUUAGAGUUCUUGAAAUGUCAUCGGAAGAGCUGGGUGAUUCAGCUUACAGGAAAGUUGAUAUUGAAGCAUGGAUGCCAGGAGAUCAAAUAUACGGAGAGAUUUCUAGUUCAUCAAUCUGUCUCGAUUAUCAGUCUAAACGUCUAAAUAUUCGAUGGCAAACAUCUAGUAACCAAAAUGAAUUCGCUUAUACGUUAAAUGGAACUGCCUGUGCAAUCCCACGUAUAAUGAAAGCCCUAAUAGAGACCCAUCAGACUCAAGUAUGUAAAUUCACUAGUUGUUCAUUAAUCACAACGACACUGUUAGUCACUAAUAAUAUUGUGCACAAUUUACAUAAUUUACAACAACAAAUAUUGUUGGGUUAAAUUUCAUAAGACACUUUUUUCGACCGAAUCAAACAGAAACGAUCAACAUGCUUUAGUGCAAUCAUUUUUUUUAACCAGUGAGUCCCAAUGUUCAUAACUCAUUCUACCUAUUUCAUUUUGGGCAGUUGGGUAAUAGUAUCAUUAGCCUUCAUACAAAAAGUCUUGACCCCAAGGCAAAUACAUAAACUUUUACUUCGUAAAUAAGUUAUAUCAACUUUAUUUAAAAUUUGGAUCUUACCAAAACUUGUUCAUCAUAUAUUCUAUGGUCCAGGACUGGUCUGGAUUAAUAUCUUUCAUUCAAAUUUACAUUGUACUGAACUCAUCAACUAAAUAGGAUCAACCGAUUUCCCAAUACUUUUUUUUAUUAACAAAUCUAAUUUUAUUUACACUAGAGAAAUAAACUGUUUCAUUUGUCUUAUUUCUAGGAUAAGCAUAUUAUCGUCCCAGAUGUUUUAAUACCUUAUAUGAAAACGGGAAAUCUUUAUCCAGCAUUUCAACUUAAACGUGUUCUUAGUCAGAAACUAUGAAAACAAUUUUUUAAUGUGUAAUAAUUUUAUUUACUAAUUUCUGUACAAAAUUAAUAUUUUAUGAAUGUAUAUUAUAUAGUUUGUGUGAAUGUUAGAUUUGUUUUCCCUAUAAAAAGACAUCAAAUUGUCUUGGUGCUUAAGCCAUAUUUUCUUGGAAACUGUCUUCAUCAGUGUCUUCAUCUUGAAUUGUUGUUAAUCGACCUUUACCCCUUGUUCGGCUAGCCUCAAAUUCAGGCAUUUUCUCUCCAAACGCUUCAAGCUCUUCAUGAAGAGACAUCAUAUUCUCUGCUAAAUCAUUCGACCAUACUGAAAUAGGCAAUUUUUCUAUUUCAUCCAGUUCAUCAUACUUUUGAAAAACAACAAUGAAUGAUAAUGUCAUUAUGUUACAAAACAAUAGUAUUCAUAAUUAAAACCUAUGAUUAUUUGUUAA